AUGGACGCGUUGUAUCCAGAACGGAUGUUUUGUCCCAGUUUGCUAUCUCGGUUAAAGGACAGAGGACGGGUCCUACACCUUGGUCCGGAAGUGGACAGCAUGGGCCGCUUCUUUGAAAUGGGUUAUGGUAUGAAAGCCACCGGCGGCGUGUUCCACGUCAACCUAACGUCAGCAUUGCAGUUAAAAAGUGUCGUCAUGCAGCAACCUGGAAUGACCAAGUACGCAACGUCGUACUCCGACUUUGUACUAUGCGACGGGACACACAAUGUGUCAAUGUACGUCCUGAAGUUGAUGCCGUUUACUGUUGUCGACUGCCUUGGACGAAAUGUACUCUGCGGGGUGGCACUCGACGAGUCCGAAAACACCGAGACUGUGAAACUGGGGCUCGAGUUGUGUAAGUUGCACGAAGCUAACGCAACCCUCAUGACGGAUGGUGGCAGUGCAUAUCCUGGGGUUGCACUGGAUUUGGGCAUGAUUCACAUCUUGUGCACAAAGCACUUUGAGGAUGUAAUCCUCAAAGGUAGCACAGGGCUUAGUGGGUUGGCGAAGUCGUUCAAGGCGGAGGGUAACGCGCUUGUGUAUGCCACGAUGUCCAAAGUUGAGUUCCAAACUCGCUUUGACAGGGCGAAAACGACGUACGGCGAGUACAAGGAGGCGGACAAGGCAUUAUGCAGUAUAUAUCGCCACAAAGAGAAGGUCUGCCGCGCUUUCACAGGCAACGUCUUCACAUGCAGCAGCCUGGCGACACAACGAGGCGAAAGCAUGAACUCUGUCAUCAAGGAAAACAGGCUAAAGAAGAAAGAAUUACGUCGUUUUAAUCUCCUCCAGUUGGCCGAGCAUUAA